AUGGCAACUUUCGACACCGAGUCCUCGGCAGGUCUUGAGAACGCAUCUUAUGACUUUGUGAUUAUUGGAGGAGGUACUGCUGGCCUCGUGGUCGCCAAUCGACUCACUGAAAAUCCCAAUAUCCGCGUCCUCGUCCUGGAAGCCGGAACAAACCGUCUCAAUGACCCUCGAAUCAUCAUUCCCGGCUUAGGGCCGGCGACACUUGAAGACGAGGACUUUGAUUGGAAUUUUCGAUCGUGUCCCCAGGAACAACUCAAUGGCCGUAAGCUCUUAGGCAGCAAAGGUCGCACUUUAGGAGGCUCCUCAGCAAUCAAUAUGGGAAUGGUCAUCUAUCCCUCUCGUUCCGGGUUGAAUGCCUGGGAAACAUUGGGCAACCCCGGCUGGGGAUGGGAUGGCCUAGCCCCAUAUAUUCGCAAGUUUCAUACAGCAGCACCCCCAUCAGAUGACAACCGUGAGUUCUUCAAGGGGAUGAAAUAUGACCAGCAGGAUCAAGGUAGCACGGGUCCUGUUCAAGUCUCAUUUGGAGAUCAGUACAUGCCUUACCAUGCGGCAUGGAUGGACACCUUCAAAAAUCUUGGGUACCCGCAGGCCGAUGACCCGAUCAAUGGCGCCGGUACCGGUCCCUUCGUGAACCCCGGUUCUAUUGAUCCCGCCACACACACCAGAAGUCAUUCUGCAGCUGCAUAUCUGGGGCCGGAGGUGCAAGCUCGGUCGAAUCUCCGCGUUGUAACUGGAGCCUGGGUUGAAAAGAUUGUCAUAGAGAAGGGAAGCAACGGUGGUGAUGCCAUUGCUACUGGUGUCUUGUUUAGCAAAGACUCAAACGUGUACACCGUGUCAGUCGCGAAAGAAGUCAUUCUUGCUGCCGGAACAACCCAAUCCUCUCAAAUUCUCGAGCUAUCUGGUGUUGGAGAUGAAAGCCUCCUCCAGUCCUACGGGAUCCCGACAAUAAUCAACAACCCCGGUGUUGGCGAGAACAUGCAAGACCACGGUAUUGUCUCGUUCGGAUAUGAAGUCGCAGACGGUAUGCCGUCAGGCGACAUGGCUCGGGACCCUGCCGUUGCGGGUGCUGCCAUGGCCGCUUAUCAGAAGGAUGGCUCCGGACCCCUUGGCAUGGUGCCCCUGGUCUCUGCAUUCAUGCCACUUGUAGAUACCCCCGAAGACGAGCGGACUCAAUUGCUACAGAAGCUGCAAGCUUCGAUAGACAGUCCCGACAUCUCGCGGACACACAAGAAGCAAUAUGAAGCAUUACGCACCCUACUCCAGAAUCCCGACGAACCUAAUGCUCAAUUUAUUCUAGCGCCAUUCCAGCUUUUGCCCCGGGAAGGAGAAUCCCCCAAACGUCUUUUCGGUCUCGGGCACCCGGGUUUCUUUAUUACUCUUGUUUCUCUGCUUAGCUACCCUCUAUCACGAGGGUCCGUCCAUAUCCAAUCUUCUGACCCCAAGGCUGCUCCUCUCAUUGAUCAUGGAACUCUCCGUCACCCGGUUGAUCUGGAGUUGCAUGCUAGGCAUAGUAUGUGGAUGGAUAAGAUUGCUGAGACGGAGCCAAUGACAUCGCUACUGAAGAAAGGUGGCGAACGCCUCCACACACCGGAGCCUCUGACGGAUCUUGAGAAAGCAAAGGAGCUGUGCACAGAGCUCGUCUUGUCUAUGUUCCAUGUCAGCGGUAGCUGUGCGAUGAUGCCACAAGAAGAUGGCGGUGUUGUGGAUUCCCACCUGAAAGUGUACGGCUCGGCUAAUAUCCGCGUUGUCGAUGCUAGUAUUUUCCCCUUGGAGCCGAGAGGUAAUAUCCAGGCGACUGUGUAUGCGGUUGCUGAGAAGGCGGCGGACAUCAUCAAGCAGGACUUAAACUAG